AUGAAACAAAUCAAUACAUUUUCUAUAAUUCACGAUGAUGAAUUCGUACCACUUAGCACAGAAGUCAUGGAUAAUGUUGUUAUUAUUGAAAAUGAUGAAGUUGACUGGCAAGAUGAUUUUAAUUUGCCUCCGCACCCUGAAAUGCAACAUCAAUACAGAAGAUAUGCAUCACAAAAUGAGCAAGAUGAAUCAAAUCAAAACAUACAGUUUAACCAAGCAUGA